CUGGCUGCCUGCGCCCCCUGCAGUCUUUCCUCUGUACAACACUGGGCUAAAGCCCUGCCUCGGAUCCGAGCCGUUGCUGCUGAGAGGACCCAGCCCCGUCUCGUCCUACCGGACCCCCUGUCAGACGGCUCGGUGGCUCCGUUAUGGCCGCGCGCACCCCCGGAGCGAAGAGGCGCAGAUCCAUCCCCAUCCCCAGAUGGCGGAGUGAGUGAGGAUGAGAUUCCCGAGUUCCAUCUUGGUGUCGGUGUCUCUGUUCACGGCUGAGACCACGGCAGCGCUGUACCUCAGCUCCACGUACCGCUCCGACGGGGACCAGAUCUGGCAGGGACUCACGCUGCUCUUCACGCUCGUGCCGUCCGUGCUCGUGCAGCUCACCCUCACCUUCAUCCACCGGGACCUGAGCAGGGACAGACCGCUCAUCCUGCUGCUGCACAUCCUGCAACUCGGUCCCAUCGUCAGGUGUCUGGAGGCGUUCUGUAUCUAUGGCAGCGAGGGCCGAGUGGAGGAGCCGUAUGUCAGCAUCACCAGGAAGAAGCAGCUCCCCUGCGGGGGCCAGUCUGAAGAAGUGGAGCGGCAGGUGGGACAGGCGGAGGGGAAACUCUUCACACACCGAGCGGCCUUCUCCCGGACCUCUGUGAUCCAGGCCUUCCUGGGCUCGGCCCCCCAGCUCACCCUGCAGCUCUACAUCUGUGUCCUACGCCAGGGGGUGUCCAUAGGGAGAGGCACACUGAUGGUGAUCUCCCUCCUGUCCAUCGUGUACGGAGCGCUGCGCUGCAACAUCCUAGCCAUCAAGAUCAAAUACGAUGACUACGAGGUGGACAUCCAGCCUCUGGCGUACCUGAUUAUUUUCCUCUGGAGAAGCUUUGAGAUCGCCACUCGUGUGGUAGUCCUUGUUCUGUUCAGCUCCGUGCUGCAGUUCUGGGUACUGCCGGUGGUUUUCCUGAACUUCCUGGUCUUCUUCCUCUACCCCUGGAUCCUGUUCUGGCAGAGCCACUCCCCAUUCCCAGAAAACAUUGAAAAAACUCUCACCAGAGUUGGAACUACCAUCGUGCUGUGCCUCCUCACCUUCCUCUACGCAGGCAUCAACAUGUUCUGCUGGUCGGCCGUGCAGGUGAAACUUAACGACCCAGACCUGAUCAAUAAGUCCCAGAACUGGUAUCGCAUGGCUGUGUACUACAUGCUGCGUUUUGUGGAGAACGCCUCGCUGCUUCUGCUCUGGUACAUUUACAAAACAGACGUCUACAAGUUCAUCUUUGCCCCGCUGCUGCUGCUGCAGCUGCUAGUGGCCUACGCCAUCGCCAUCUUCUUCAUGCUGAUCUUCUACCAGUUUUGUCAUCCGUGUCGGAAGCUCUUCUCCUCCAGCAUGACGCAGGGGUUUUGGGAUUGCUCUGCUUUCCUCUGUAUCAUGUGUACAUCUGCGUCGCCUCCAAACAGGCCAAUUGGAAAGGCAGAGCCGGAGGAGUCCACGCACAAAGAGCAGAGGAAUGACCAAGCCAACGACACGGCCAGUGACAGCACAGACGACGUGCCCAAUGACACAACGUAUGACAUGCUGAAUGACACCAUCUAUGACAUUCCCACUGAGGCAGAAAACAAUACAGGAGGUGAAAUCAACGGUGGGAUCAGCCACAACGUGUCCUGCAACGUUUAAAGCAUCACAGCCAUUCAAUAGACUAUUUUGUUUUAAGUGCCAUGCGCGUCCCUCUGUGAGCUGAUUUCAGAGUCCUCUGAUCUCACAUGUCAGCUUUUUUAGACUUUUAGAACGUGUUCCUUCUGCAAAUACACAGAGCUGAUGCUCACCCGUCUUAUCAGCAGAGGCGGAUUUAUCCAUUUGGCUAAAGAAAUUAAAAAAUUACAUUGACUUUGAGCCUCAGAAAAACCAUGGGUGCUGCAGAUCUUAACUUUUCUUUUUUUUAUUUAUUUUCUUUAUGUAAAAAUUAAAUCUGUCAAAAAUGAUCAACAACUAAAAUUUUUCUCCAUCCUGCAUGUUACAAUGUUGGACUCUCUGCAGUUGUUUGAUAUGGAUCGGGAACGUUCGGCUGCUCUGUUAUGGCGCUUACACAUUAGCGUCGGCACGGUCGGGGUUUGGUCGGGCUGGAUGGCGUGGGUUCGGUCUCGAACGGGCGGUGGAGUGUUCACUUAUAAAUCUGAGAGACUUCUUAGGAAUGCGGAAAUCCCCGAGCCUGUGGGCAGCGUUUAAUGUGCGCGGGAAAGUCUGCGGUGUCCUCCAUUAUAAGGCAAACAAAGGUGGGCAUGAGCUGUGUUGCUUUUGGAGACUCUGAACCACAUUAUUUUAUUAAUUUGCUGUGUGUGUCCUCAUAAUCUUGUGCCACACACACACACUGAUUUCUCCCCUGAGCAGUUGUCUGCUCGCCAGGGCAAGAGCUCCGAUGCAGAGAACAGGCGCACGCAUGCACACACUCACACACACACUGAUCGGCAGCUCCAUGCUACAGACAGAAGUUUACUCAACAGCAACCAGCAUGACAAUGAAUCGAGCAUGCGGAACCUCCCCCCCCCCCCCCCCCCCCCCGCCCACCUGCUGGCUCAUUCUUCUGCAGAUGGGAGGCGGUAGGCGUAUUUUCAGCCAGCCAAUCAUUUCGUAGUGUUGCCUCGGUCCCAGUCUGACCGCUGGGGAGAAGGUCUGAGAAAAAGAGUCGCCAUUGCACCGAAAACACAAAUCUGACCUGUGUGUAAAACCAAAUUCCGGUGCCGUUCCGUACCUUUUGAGGCCGUGCCGAUGCUAAUGUGUAAGUGCCAUUAGAGAGGCACUGUAAGAAAAUGUUACAAACAUUACUUCAAAGUGUUUCAAAUUUUAGUUUGUAAUUACAACCAUAUAAUAGCAGCUUUUCAGUACUCAAAAUCAUUCAUUUUAAUACCUCGGCUCUGCCCUAGGGUACGGGGGAGUAAAAGGGGUCCAAGCUUGCUCUCAGGGUGGCACUGGCCCUCCUCGGACCCUUCCUAGAACCGUCUCUGCAAUGGAUAGAAAUGUGUCCAUUCUUUCAUUAGAUGUGCUGAAAACAGGAAAUAAGGAGAAGAAUGUGUUAUUAAUUUGUUUAGCAAAAUUACCAAUAAGUUCAAGUUAUUUUUAUUUUACCUGCAGACAAAAGAAGAUGUCUAGAUGUUUUCUAGAGCGCUUGUGUUAGCAUUGCUAGUGGCUGCCAGUAACAGAUGUUUCGUACAACAGAGAGCCAUAUGUAAAGCACCCUUUCAUGGGGAGUGCAUUUAAAAGCUUUCAUGUUUUUCCUGUUCCUUUUUAACAGAAUCAGCCAUAAAUAUUUUAUUGCAGAUGGAUUUAGACGUGGAUUUUCUUGAACAGCCUUGAUUAUUGACUUCCAACCACGAGCAAAAAAACUAUUAAAUCUAUCUGAAUUUUCAAUCUUUUUAUUCUCUAAAAUGUUUAAUGAGGAAGUCAAAUGUAACAGGAUGAAUAAACCUCAUGUUUACAUGAAGUAAAUCAAGAACAAUUACAUUUUUAUUGCAUAUGUUAGCAAAUGUAGCAACAAGUUUAUGACAAAUCAGGAUAGAGAAAUAAUUUUAUUGAAUAAUUAAACGGGGGGGGGGGGGGGGG